AGCAUCUUUUGCAAACGCACUACCGUCGAGCCAUGACUACCGUGAUCAUCACAAACCCGCAGGUCGGCCCCGACCCCGUCACGAUCACCUGCCCAUCCUGCCGUGCCACUGUCCGGACCAAGGUAAAGCACCGCUCCAACACGUCCACUCACGCGUGCGCGUUUCUGCUGUGGAUCUUCUGGUGGCCGUGCCUCCUGGUGCCGUACUGCUGCGGUUGUUGUAAAAAUGCCAAUCACUACUGUCCCAACUGCAAAGCCUUCAUCGGAAGCUACAAGAACUAGAAACCUCGGCUGAGAUUUGGCAUCUGAGAGUCGGUUAAGCGAAAUUUAGUAUUAUUUAUACUGUCCACCAUUUUCACGGACCUCCAUACGUAUCACGGUUAGUUUUUAGUGCACUGCCGGUCUUACCGGUCCACUUACCGAGUGUGAAUGUUACCUCAAUCAAUAAAACGAGUUCAA